AUGUCAGCACAGACCAUGGAUAACUUGAUGGUCGCUUUAUACAAGGGAACAUGCGGAGUCAAGAUACCAGGAGGAUGCGUCUGCGACGACUUGGCCGACAACAUGGUAGUCCUUGUUGCGUCAUUUUUUGUGCUACUUGUCGUAUCGAUUCAAUGGGUGGUUGCAUUCUGUCAGGAAAAGGCCUGA